AUGAGAUACUCAUCAAUUGAGAAGUUGUGUUGUGCUUUAAUCUGGGCAACCCGAAGACUAAGGCAGUAUAUGUUGUAUCAUACGACUUGGCUAAUUUCAAAGUUGGAUCCUUUAAAGCACAUGAUGGAAUCGACUGCUUUAAAUGGGAGAAUGGCUAGAUGGCAGAUCCUGCUCUUUGAAUUUGACAUAGUAUAUGUAAGUCAGAAGGCCAUAAAGGGGAGUGCAAUAGCUGAUUUCCUAGCUAGUAGGACCUUGGAGGAUUAUGAAUCUUUGAACUUCGAUUUUCCAAACGAGGACCUGAUGUAUGUGGCGAACACUGAAGAAAAUCCUCAAAUGGAUCACGUUUGGAGCAAGUUGGACUUUGACUGCACAGAUAAUAUGGCAGAAUAUGAAGCAUGUAUUAUAGGCAUUCGCGCAGCCAUUGAACAGAAUAUCAAAGUAAUAAGAGUGUAUGGGGAUUUCGCAUUGGUGAACACAUUUGAAGUAAUGAGGCCUAUUCAGAUGAGUAUCUACGAAACCCCAGCUCAUUGCUACAGUAUUGAGGAGGAAGAAAAAAACGAUCAUCCUUGGUAUCAGAGUAUCCUACAAUAUAUGAAGAAUCAGGAGUACCCUAGUCAAGCAACAGAGAAUGACAAGAGAACUUUGAGAAGAAUAGCCAUUGAAUACGUCUUAGAUGGGGAAGUGCUAUACAAAAGAAGGAAGGAUCAAGUGUUGUUAAGAUGUGUGGAUGCCGCGGAAGCUAAGAAAAUUUUGGAGGAAGUUCAUGAGGGUACCUGUGGGACGCACGCCGAUGGUUUCACGAUGGCCCAAUAG